AUGACCGCACGCACCCCGAAUAUAAUGCACCGCGAGCCUUCGUUUCCUCAAUUCACGCUCUUAACACCUUCGAGGCUUUCAUCUUUCGUUCACUCUUCGUCUAGGCUGCGCCUCAUCUACAAGUUUUUCUAUCGUAUUCCUUUGCCGCUCCACGCUCUUUCGACUACACGCCAUGCAAUUCAAGAUCUUCACCGUCCUCGCGCUUGCCGCCACCGCAUUCGCCGCGCCAGUUUCAGUCGAGAAGCGCUCCGCCCGCACGUAUGCGCAGCUGACCAUCUCCGGUGGGGUGGGCGGUAAUGCGCUGGCCGAGGCCCAGGCCAAGUUCCCCGCGGGCAACCUCUCCGCGACGCAGGUCCAAGACUUCAACACCGAGGCACACUGCGCCGUUCUGGCCGAGUCGGCGUUCAUCGCCGCCGGCAAGUCGAGCGCGGUCAGCGUCGGCCUGACAAAGAACAAGGUGCUCAAGAUCUGGGGCACUAUCGUCGCACUGCAGGGCAUCAUCAACGAGCACGGGGGCACGCCCACUGCGGACCAGACGGCCCACCUCCAGGAACAGCAGACCAAGCUCGGUGUCAACGUUGCGCUUGAUAAGAAGAACGCUGGCAAACCGAGCCAGACUGUGUCAUUCAACUGUUAGGUGCGCGUAGGGAGGUAGCCAUUCGGAAACGUUGUUUGUAGUCGCGGCGUCGAUGCACCAGGCCCGCGAGGACAAUGUGCGCGUCCAGGUCGUGUUCAUGUCGUCGGAAAUGGUCUUGCGGCUGUCAAUCUGCAGUUUCUUCUCUUGGUGCUGUGAUUCGAUAUUACAGAGAUAGACGUUCAUUUGUUGUUUAUUGGUCCAGAAUCAGACUAGAGACUGCCUUCGAUUCGA